UGCGUAAAGAUAUACUUACCAAAAUAAAGCCGACUUGAGCGCUUUGAUUUUUUCAAGCUUAUAUUUGAUCUAACAUUUGCAAAUUUUGAUACCAGUUUUUUAUUAUGACUGUUUCGGAUACAACCAGACCCGAUACAAAAUAUUUUUGCUGUGAUCAUGACGCGAAAUCUUCGAAACAAAACUUAAAGAUCUGUAAAUGCUCUUACUUGGAGCAGCUGAGCAAUUUUAUUAUAUCAGCAGUAGAAACGCUGUUUUUCAGGACAGGUCAGUUUAUUGGAAAACGACCAUGGGCAGCAAUGAUUAUCACAAUUGUUCUAUUUGCUCUAUGUAUGAUUGGGCUAUUUCGCUGGAAAACGGAAUUCAACAAUGCCAAACUAUGGGCUCCGAGUGAAUCUCGCGCUUGGGAUGACUCGAAAAGAGCUCUUGAUUGGUUUCCAGAACAAGUGAGAGAGGAGAAAAUACUGAUACAGGCUGAAAAUGUAUUGACAUCGGCAGUACUUUUAGAAGCUCUCGAACUGGACACAAAAAUCAAAGUUAACAUUUCGAUUGAUGGCAAAGAAUACAACAGUACUUGUUUCAAAACUGGCGCAUUGUGUUUUCAGGAUUCGUUAUUACAAUUAUGGUUUUAUAAUUACACAGUCGUUUCUGCAUUAUCAGAUCAAGAUAUUCUAAACACAAUAAAUGCCAAACCGGUCAUAAGCCCCAUUUCUAAAAAAGAAGUACAAGUGGAAUUGUUACUGGGUGGAGUCUCCAUUGAUACAUCUGGGAGGAUCAAAGCAGCUGAGUUUCUUCUAAGCAAAUAUUACUUGGAAGUUCAAGAACCCUACACUUCACAAGAACCAUCGCCUCUAGUCCUCGAUUUUGAGAAAGAGUUCAUUGAAAAUUGUCUGGAAGGCCUAACGGGUGUAGUUGUCUACUGUGCGUCCCAGAGGAGUUUCGAAGAUAUGCAGCUCAAAGCGAUAGAAACUGAUGUCUAUUUGUUGUUUGUCGGAUACAUUGUGGUAAUUGCAUAUAUCAUGAUUACGACAGGCAGAUACAAUUGCAGAGACCAAAAGGUAUGGUUAGGGACAGCUGCUCUUUUGUGUGUUGGUCUAUCUUUCGGCAUCGCAAUUGGCGGGGGAUCUGCUUUUGGAUUCGAAUACGGACCUCUUCACAGCGUAUUGCCAUUUUUACUUCUUGGAAUUGGAGUUGAUGACAUGUUUGUGUAUGUAUCCGCUUGGGACAACUUGACUCCAUCGGAAAACAAUCUUCUUGCUGUGUUUUAA